CGCGGCCGGGGGAAGGCGGCUCCCGCCGGGCCCAGCGCGGCGGCGGAUGGCGGGGGGGCCGCGCCCGGCGGGGGCCGGCGGGGGCGCCCGCUGAGCGGCGGCGGCGGCGAUGCCGAGGGGCCCGGCGCGGCGGGGCGCGCCCGCGGGGCCAUGAGGGCGGGCUCCGGCCAUGGCCCAUGGCAGCGCGGCGGUCAUGCUGAAGUGCGUGGUGGUGGGGGACGGCGCCGUGGGCAAGACGUGCCUGCUGAUGAGCUACGCCAACGACGCCUUCCCCGAGGAGUACGUGCCCACCGUGUUCGACCACUACGCAGUCAGCGUCACCGUCGGGGGCAAGCAGUACCUGCUGGGGCUGUACGACACCGCCGGCCAGGAAGACUAUGAUCGUCUGAGACCUUUAUCUUACCCUAUGACCGAUGUCUUCCUUAUCUGCUUCUCAGUGGUAAACCCUGCUUCAUUUCAAAAUGUGAAGGAAGAGUGGGUACCGGAGUUGAAGGAAUAUGCACCUAAUGUUCCCUUUUUACUAGUAGGAACACAGAUUGAUCUUCGUGAUGACCCAAAAACUCUGGCAAGACUGAAUGAUAUGAAAGAGAAGCCCAUAUCUGUGGAGCAAGGACAGAAGUUAGCAAAAGAGAUAGGAGCCUACUGCUAUGUGGAGUGUUCAGCUUUAACACAGAAAGGACUGAAGACCGUUUUUGAUGAAGCUAUUAUAGCCAUUCUGACUCCAAAGAAACACACAGUGAAGAAGAGAAUAGGCUCAAGAUGCAUAAACUGCUGUUUGAUCACGUGAGAAACAUUUGACAAUGGCCAGGCUUACUGUGAAAUUCUACUGAUUUUAAAUACAAUGCAUUAAGUACAUAGUGAACUUGUUACAGGUUUGAAAGCUGAACCUACGAUUCUGCCUUCUACAACCAGUGAAAUCCAGAGGAAUAAAAUCAAAGUCAACAAACUUGUAAUAAGAAGCCACCACACCUGUUACAAAUAUUUUAUUCAGACUGGAAGGUACAAUCUCUCAGGGUUACAUAGUCUAGAGGAAGCAAAAACUGCACCAUGCUGAAACGGCAUCUAUGUGAUUUUAAUGAGUGGAGAUGCUUGGCCUGAAGUACUCUAACUGAAUUUGGACAGUCUUCUGCUUUGACUAUAUAAAUAUAUAUAUAUCUAUCUUAAAAAAACAAC